AUGGUGGAACUUCUAUUAGAUCCUAAAAUAAGAUUAUGGGUGUUCCUGCCCAUCGUAGUUAUUACCUUUUUGGUUGGUAUCGUAAGGCAUUAUGUUUCGAUAAUACUAUCUUCGCAGAAGAAAAUUGAAUUGAUUCAGGUGCAGGAUAGCCAAGUUAUGAUACGUGCUCGGCUUCUACGCGAAAAUGGGAAGUAUUUACCUCGUCAGUCGUUUGCUAUGAGGCGUCAUUGGUUUAAUAAUGAAGAGACUGGUUAUUUUAAAGUACAGAAACGACCAUCAAAUGCUCAGAAUCCUAUGACUGACCCUGGUAUGAUGACAGAUAUGUUAAAGGGCAAUGUCACUAAUGUUUUGCCUAUGAUUGUUAUUGGUGGUUGGAUUAAUUGGAUGUUCAGUGGUUUCCUUACAACAAAGGUUCCAUUUCCCUUGACCCUGAGAUUUAAGCCAAUGUUGCAGCGUGGUGUGGAGUUAGCAUACUUAGAUGCAUCUUGGGUAUCCUCCGCGUCAUGGUAUUUCCUCAAUGUAUUCGGACUUAGAACUAUUUACGCUUUGGUUCUUGGGGAAAAUAAUGCUGCAGAUCAGUCUAAGGUUAUGCAAGAACAAAUGUCAGGUGCAGCAAUGGCUAUGCCUCCAGACCCAAAAGCAGCAUUUAAGGCAGAAUGGGAAGCUUUGGAAAUUACUGACCACCGUUGGGCUCUUGCGACAGCUGAGGCUGAUUUGUUAUCGCAGAAUAAUAUAUCAUAA